AUGAAGUGGGAUUCGAAACUCUUUGAAUCUCUUUACUACUCUAUUGAAAGUGAGAACUUCAAUGAAACUAUUUUUAACGAUGUUUUGGAAGAUUUACAGUCUUUGAAUUUGAAUAAAGACCUUUCAAAGAAUAGUUCCAGCAGAUCUCAAUUAGAGAAAGGUGAAGUUAUAUUAUCUGAUGGGAACAAAUACAAAUUAAAUCAAGAGUUUAUUAUAGCCGUAGUGACAUUAGCAGACGAUUUGAAUUUAGACGAAUUGGUUGUUUGCGAGCUGAUUUUAAAUUCGAUCCAAGAUGUUGAUACCGAUCUAAAGAAUUCCUUUGACACCAUUACUUUAAUAAAUAAAGGUAAAAUUCAAUACUUUUUAAGAAGACAAUAUAUUUUACAAAUCGUUAAUUACAUUGUGAAUUGUUUACCUCCCGACAGCGAUAUCUUUAAAAAAUUAUUUAAUGACAAAAACAUCUUCAGUAAAACGAUACUAGAUUCAUUUUCAUUCAUUCACCAACAAUUAUCAGAUAUUAAACAAUCUAUAAGUAAAGCACAGAUUCUAGACAAUAGUGAAAAUGUGGUUUUUAAACAUAAUAUAAAAUUCAAACGUGAUUUCCUAUUAAAAGAAUACGACAUUUUAAGUCAAAUAUUAUUUGGUACUAUCAGCAAGAAAUUUUUAUUGACAAAAGAUUUUAUUUUGAAGUUAUUAUCCCAUGUUUCUUCUCUGGAAUCAAAUGAUUUCUUUAUAGUAUAUUAUUUGUCAUCGUUCUUUAACAUCUUCAUCAACUUGAAUGAAUUACCAGAAAAUGAUGUUAAAGAAUUGCAUAAACUAUUUACAAAUGAUUUGAAGAAUGAUCAGAAUAUUUAUAAAAAACCAAUAAAAGUCACAUUAAUUUUUGUGUUUUUAGCAUUUUUCAUAAGUUGGUGUAAAAUAAAUCCUGCAACAAGAGCAAAAGUCAUGAAUUUCCAAACUAUGGUAGAUGAACCAAUGUCAUUAGCAGUCGAGUUAGGAGCAAUUGAACAAUUGUUAAUCAUAACUGCAGAUACUUCAACUGCAUCUAGACAGGGUGCUAUGGACAUAUAUUACGAUGUCAGAUCCCUAUUAGAAAGACACAUCCCAAGAUUGAUACCAAUACAAUUAGUCGAUUUUAAUCAACAAAUUUCAUCUGAAUUACAUCCUUCUUUAAAGGAAAUCUCCCUUUCAGAACAAUCAGAACAUUUCUUUUUAAUAUCUUCACAUACUGUUUUACAGACGAUAAUAGGUGAUUGUGCAUUUUUAUUGACAAAGAUAAAAGAUGCAGAAGAAGACUCCUUACUAUCAGGUGAAGACUUAAACUUAGAUGAUAUUUCAGUGAAAGCGGAUCUAGAAAGAUUUUUCUUAACAAUAUACUUCUUUUACCACUCAAGACCAGAUUUUUCACAUUAUUUCUGGUCAGAUAAAGAAUCAAAUGCGUAUGGUUUUAUUGAAUGGGCCGCGAAAUGUACAGAUAGCUUAAUGAGAUCUUGUUUUUAUCUAAUGAUUUCAAGUUUAUCACAGGGAUUAGACAAUUCAUUAAAUGUCUUCCACUAUUUCAACAACGGUAAUAAUGUCUCAUGGAGUAUUAUUUCACAAUGCAUUAGCGAUUAUAUUGUAAAAAUAAAUAAUUUAGGCAAUGUCGUUACACAACGUCAACAACAUCAGGAAACUGAAGAAAUAGACACUACUGCAGUAGCCUUGGAAGAGGGAUUGAAUGAGGAAACAAUUAUAUUCCUUUCAUCAUUGUUGACAUUAAUUGGUUCUGUGGCAUCUGAGACAAAUGAGGAAGUCAAAGAGAGACUUAAUACCCUUUUCUCAGACAUUUUAUUUGAAUUUUCCAAGGUUGAUACACCUUUGGUUGGUGCAUGUUUUAAAACACUGUCAUAUUUGGUACCGAAAUCCGAAUCUCAGAGGACCAAGUUCUGGACUACUAUGGACACUUUAUUCUUCAAAUCAUACUCUCUCACAUCAAGUUCCGAUUCAUAUAGAAAUGCUUUCACUUCUUUUUUAACAAAUUAUUCAGAAGUUAUCGGAUUUCUGGAAUUAUUUAAACAAUUAACUGAAAUACAAGCGACAGAGGAACACAGUAACUUUUUGACAUUUGGAAAACUUACUUUCCCAGUGAAAUUAGGUCAAGGUUAUAGGAACAUAGGUGUAUGGCCCUACUUUGAAUAUAUAUUAAAUGAAGUGUUUGUUAAUUCUGGUAAGAUGUCCUCUGCAGACAAAAGGAGACAAGUUCAAUUAUUAAUUUUGGAAAUUAUUGAAAAUGCCUUAUAUUCUUUCAAUUAUUCUGUGAUUUUAAAUUCUGUUACUGUUGGUGCAAAUUUGGAUACAUUAGUUGACACACAAGACUUUUAUUCAUACGUUCAAGAAUCAUCAGCAGUUUCUGUAUUUAAUUACUUAUUUACCGAAAAGGUUUACGCCUGUAUGUUUGAUCUAUUAUCUAUUGGUGUUGACCAUCUUUCAAUUGAUUUAGAGGGUGGAAAAGAGCAAUUAUUGUUGUUAGAACAUUCUGUUUCUAUUAUUAAUAUUAUUCUUGAAUAUCAAGAUUCUUACAUCGAAGAAUUGUCUCCAAUAAUUUUGAAGAAUCUGAAAUCAAAUUAUUUCAUUCCGAAAGAAUUUGGUUUACAUGGCUUAAGAUCAUUUUACGAUGCUAUAUUUUUCAAUAUUUCAAUUAUCGCCCAUUUAGGUCUUUAUAUUGGACUGGAUACAUAUUCUAUUGCUAAAAAUUCUCUGCAAAUACUAAAAAGAAUUUCUAUUCGUUCGACUAAUGAAAGCUUAUCCAGUUCCAGGAAAAAUAAGUUAUUAACAAUAUUCGAUUCAGUGGACGAAUCUUCAAGGAUAAAAGAAGCAUUCAUUACCCAAAUUGAAAAACCUAUUGAUUCCUCUGAAAACUUAUCUUUAAAAUUCGAUAUUUUAGAAUUCAUCUCAUCAACCUUAUCUUUAUCUAAUCCUAAACCAACUAUCGCACAUCAGUUAUUAGGAUUUCAAGUUACCAAUGUAAUAUCUCUGGGUCCAAUACUAUCGACUUUUAUUGGUUCUGAUGUUUCAUUGUUCAAAUCAUUGAUUAACUUACUUAAAUCUUCUGUUACAGUGAUUUCUCGUGGUGCUAUUGACUAUCCUCCAAUGCGUCUAGCGUCAAAUGCUUUGGAAAUAUUAUUAAAAUUAUGUAAAAAUCCAGUUACAUCAAAUUUAAUUUUGGAUUACAUGACAAAUGCAAAUGUCUACGAAGUGUUAAUGAAUUUAGACCCACAAGUUAACAAAUAUACCUUGUGGAAUGGUCGGAUUUUCGAUGAUAAUUCUUCCUCUGAUUGCAAAGAGUUUUUUCAAACUGAGUCAAUUGGUGCACUUUUGUCAUUUUUGAGCUACAGAGGUUUUUUGUUACAGUAUUUGAGUCUCACUAUCCAUAGAUUGUCAUUCAAUGGUUUGAAAUCACAAAUUUCCUCAUUUAUAAAAAGUCUAAUUUCAAAUACAAUGUAUUCUGCAGGUAUAUUUUCUUUCCUUGAUACCUCGGAUUUUGGCAAUAUACAUAGGAAUCAUUUUACUCCAAGUCAGUUGGAUUAUUUGAACAAAUUGGUGAUAAAUUUAGAUAAAAUUAAGUUGAAUAAUACCAUUAGUGGAAAUAUAUAUGACUUUUCGGAUCUAGAACCGUUGCUAAAUUUGGCAUGUAAAACUAAAUCAUCGACAUCAACUGCUAUUACUUUGUUACCAAACAAUAAUUCAUCUUCACAAAAAGAUAUACUUGUUAAGGAAUCAUUAAUAAUUAAGCAGAAUAUUUCAAAUCAUUUAAGCCAUACAACCUUUAUGAAUUUACAAUUAUCAAUUGUGCAUUCAUGGGUCCAACUAGUUCAAAUUAUUGUUACUGAUGGUAAUUUAUCGCCAUUAGUUCGUUCUAACUUUAUUCUAGAAGUCUUUGGAACUGUCAUUCCAAAGAUAAACGAUUAUGUCGAAUUUGACAUUGCUUAUUCGGAAGAACUAGUUUCAUUGGCUGUAUUUUUGUAUGAUAUUUACCGAAAGGAUAGACUAAUCAUUGAUAAAUCAUCUCAAUCAGACCCAAGGUUAUACGAUCUUUUUAAGGCAUGUGUUCAUGGUAUCAAUUCUUCAAUUACAUCUAUCGGAUUAAGAUCAGACUUCUACGUACUAGCCAACAAUUAUUUGGUUAGCAUCCUAAAAGAUGAAAGUCAGUCAAGAGAGGUUCUACAGGAUUUGAAAAUGAAUAGUAAUAAAUUAGUCGAUAUAAUUUGCAAUGAUGCAAUUUUUGGAGAGGGUACCAAUAGAAUUACUGGUAUUUUAUUACUUGAUUCCUUAGUGCAAUUGGCAAAUUAUAAUAAAGAAAAUUUUGUUCUGGAAACAUUGACCAAAGGUACACAUUUAUUAUUAAUUAUACGCUCUCUAAAGAAUAUAAACUCUAUGUUAGAAAAUUCUAAUACUGAUUUGGACCUAGAUACAUUGCUAUAUGAAUUAACCGCAUUGAAAACAACUGUUUAUUUUGUAAUUCGUGUUGCUGAAACCAGAAACGGUGCACAAGCACUUGUACAAAACAAACUUUUCACUGUGAUUGAGGAAUGUACAUUUUUGGAACUCGAUCCUGAUUUAGGCCUUGAAUUAGUAUUUGACGAAUCGCAAGGAAAGCAUUCAAAUAUUAUCCGUGUGAGCGUAAGUUUAGAUAAUCCACUAGAUUUAGGAACAUCUUCUAACGGUAUUUCCUUAUUUGAGUUUACAGUUCCAAUUUUUCAAUUAAUGUUAGCUGUACUAUUGAGUAUGGGAAGUUCGAAUAAAGUAGUCAUUCAAAAAGUAAGAAAUUUGUUAAUAAAAUUUAAGAGACUUUCAUUGGGGGUUCUGAAAAGAGAUGCCCUAAGAGAAUCGAAAGAAAGUUACCAUAUCGGUGGUUCAAGUUUGGAGGGUCUGCAACAAAUGGUUAAACUAAUAGUAACUCUAAGCACAUUAACCCGCUAUACUGGAGAAGAUAAAAUUACUGUCCAUCAACUAUCGAAUUAG